AUGGAUUCAGAACGUUCCACGGGCAUAGCCUCAACCUUCAAAUUCCGCCGACCAAGCAGCAAAUUGCAUAAAGAACCCCCCCAAUUUAACCGGCUAUUAAAAACCCAACAGAGCAACCCGUCGCUUAAGAGACAUCCAUCUGCGCCCGUAUAUCCCCGGAACUACACCGGUAGCCGUGAACACUUGCGCACUCGCUCAAAUGCGUAUGGAUCGUCGUCAUCAUCGUCAUUAGAACAGCAGCAACAGCAACAGAAUAAUAACAGUGCCGGUCAUUCACCCGUUGGUGAGUAUCUUUACUCUUCGCAUCGUUCGUCGCAAGAUGAUCUGACCGACCCGCCGUUCGAUGUCCGGGGAAUGUUUAAUGUCCUUGAAGAAGGUGGUGACUACUCGGCAGAUCAGCAGCAGCUACAGGAGAAGCAGCAGCAGCAACAACAACAACAACAACAACAACAACAACAACAGCAACAACAGCAGCAACAACAAAGUGACUUCUCGGCCGCCCCAGCACGCCGCCCACCGACCUUGCAGUCAUAUCACACUAGCCCGGAUCCUCGCGGUAAACAGAUUUUACGACAGUCCGCUAGUUUUACGGCCUUAAACAAUCCACGGAUGGAUACUGCGCUACCCCAGAUUCAAGAUGCGCCGUCGAAUUCCAAGAGGAAUUCAGACGAGGGGUUCGGAACGAAACCUCGGAGGAAAAAUACCUUCUCAAGCUUCGUGAAUAGCGUCCUGGGUUCACCGCGCAAUAUCAAGAUUUCUGCUCCAGAGAACCCUGUCCAUGUUACUCAUGUUGGAUACGACAAUCAGACUGGCCAGUUUACUGGCCUUCCCAAAGACUGGCAGAGGAUGCUACAGGCGAGCGGAAUUUCUAAAAAGGAACAGGAGCAGCAUCCACAAACGAUGGUCGAUAUCAUGAGAUUCUACGAGAGAAACGCCGCUGGUGCCGGAGAUGAAGAAGUCUGGCACAAAUUCGAUAAUGCGAUUCUUCGACAGGGCGAAUACCCAGACGGCAUGAGUCCGGCCUCCGCAACUAGUCCGCGCUUCCCCCAGAACCAUGAGGGUAGCUUUGAGAAUCCUCGCGCUGCCCCGCCCCCUCCGAAACCUUCGCAGAGCUCGCCAGUGCCUGUAUUGUCACCUACUAUAGUACCUAAUCGUGUCGCUCCGAAACCGCCGACCGUUGGCCUGAUUCCUUCUCGGCCACCUCCCCAGCCUCCUGUUGUGUCGAACAGAGCUCCGGCUGCACGACCAGCCAACGAACCUCUUACAACACCACCUAUUCCUGAAAAUGAGCCCGUAUUCGUCAAUGCACCUCCUGUCGUUCCCAGCGCUAUCCAGUCUCCUGUUCAAUACCAACAGCAGCAGGAGCGUGCUAUGGCCGCGGCGCAACAAGCGAUAAUCGAUAAGCAGCUUGAUCGAAGUCGCAGCCAACGUCAGCAACAGCAACCCCCUUCUCCAGCCGAACAGCAGAUUACUCCCAUCGCAACCCCACCAACACCGCAACAUCAAUUCGCCCAUGCGCAAGCACCAGUUCCUCAACCGGUCGUGCAACAACAGCAACAACAGCCACAACAGCCUGCUGCUGCGGUUGCCCGACCGCGGCCUCGCACUCGUCAAAGCACCGCUUUUGAUGUCCGCGCCAAACUACAGGCUAUUUGUACUCCCGGAGAUCCCACCAAGAAGUACUAUAACCUCAACAAAAUCGGACAAGGUGCUUCCGGAGGCGUUUUUACUGCAUACGAGACCAAUACUAACAAGUGCGUUGCUAUCAAGCAAAUGAACUUGGAUUUACAGCCCAAGAAGGAUCUUAUCAUCAAUGAGAUUCUGGUCAUGAAGGAUAGCAAGCAUAAGAAUAUUGUCAAUUUCCUGGACAGCUAUCUGCACGGGCUUGACUUGUGGGUUGUGAUGGAGUAUAUGGAAGGAGGAAGUUUGACAGAUGUUGUUACGUUCAACAUUAUGUCCGAAGGUCAAAUUGCGGCCGUCUGCCGUGAGACACUGAGUGGCCUUCAACAUCUCCAUUCAAAAGGCGUUAUUCACCGAGAUAUCAAGUCGGACAAUAUUCUUCUUUCUAUGGAUGGAGAGAUCAAAUUGACUGAUUUCGGCUUCUGUGCGCAAAUUAACGACUCCCAAAAUAAGCGCAACACCAUGGUAGGAACACCCUACUGGAUGGCACCUGAGGUCGUGACACGAAAGGAAUACGGUCGCAAAGUCGAUAUCUGGAGUUUGGGUAUCAUGGCGAUUGAAAUGAUUGAAGGCGAACCUCCAUAUCUUACCGAAUCGCCACUUCGGGCUUUGUACUUGAUUGCCACCAACGGUACUCCGAAGAUCAAGGACGAACAGAACUUGUCACCUGUUUUCCGAGAUUUCCUCCACUUGGCGCUGCGUGUUGACCCCGAGAAGCGAGCUUCCGCUCACGAUUUACUCAAGCACCCUUUCAUGUCCAUUUGCGAGCCCCUGAAUAGCCUCGCUCCUCUGGUCAAAUCCGCCCGCAUCAGUCGAGCCCAAGAAAAAGCUCAAAAGGGCGGCGCUUAA